AUGAGCACUUCUUGCGAUCUGUGGUCGGUGCGGAGCGUGCGAUUGCGGGUCGCAGUCGCCAUCGCACUGGCCCUUACCAUCGAAGGAUUGAUGCGCUCGAACCUGAACAUGGUCAAUAGUUGCCAGUUGGUAUUGGUCGGACUACGAAAACGUUCUUCAGGCUAUAGUGUGUAUGCUAAACAGUACGGCACUGACGGACGGCAAGCCGAUGAUCUCUUCGAACUCGUCACUGGACCGGUCUACUACGCCGCUGUGCCCGAUGCUCCAGUUCGGCGAAGCGGAGAAGGUGGAACAUGUGAGUAGAGAUCAGUCUGACCACAUUCAUUGUUGGAAAGGGGCACUUUGCAGAGAGGCACAAUCUUCUGGACGUCUCAAGAUCGCGCCAUCAUCUUUGCCUCGUUCUACGCGGGUGGAUUGGCGGCCACGCUCGCCUCCGAACUGCUCAAUCGCUACAUCGGCGCGACGCGGAGUGUGUUGUACGGCGGCAUCGCGAACGUCGUCGGCACAUUCCUCACGCCGUUUGUCGCAUCACAGACUAACUUCGGAACAUUCCCGAUAAUCUUACUACGAUUUGUGAUGGGAUUUGGGCAGGUACGCGCGUUGUUUAUCCGUCCAACGACCAUCCCAUCCAUCCAUGAUCGUUCAGGGCGUUCUCUGGCCGUGCAUGCUCGUCCUCAUUGCUCAGUGGUUUCCAGCCAACGAAAAGUCGACGGCGUUGGCAAUCGCGACCACUGGCAACCAACUCUCGGUCAUAAUUGCCAUGUUCGUGACCGCCGAGCUGUGUCAGUUGCCAUGGGGAUGGCCGAUGGCUUUCCACGUGUACGCAGUGUGCGGCAUCGUGAUGUGCAUCAUCUGGUACAUGCUCGUAUACGAUUCGCCGUGCCACGCCGACGACAAACUCUCGAAGGAGGAACUACAGUACAUCACGACGGAACGGAGGAGGCCGCGGCCGCAGAAUCCGAAUUGGGUGGCUCUUCUGAAGUCUCCGGUCGUCUGGGCCAUUGCCGCUUCUUCGUUUGCACACAAUUAUGUGACGGUCGGAACGAUCACUUAUCUGCCUUUGUACUACAAGACAGUUCUGAACAUGAGUCUGACAUCAGUAAGAGAACUUGGAGAGGGAAGAAACUUUUGGUGUCAUUAUUUCAGAAUGGAAUCCUCUCAGCUAUCCCGUUUGUUCUUCAAUUCAUCUCAAAGAUCUUCUACGCCGGACUGGCUGACAGUGCCAGAAAACAGAAUUGGUUCAGUUUCGACACGGUCACAAAGAUCUCCAACUCCAGUGGUAACGAACACAUUAACCAAGCUUCUGGAACAUUCCAAUCUUUGCAGCCUCGUUCGGAAUCGCUCUCUGCUUCGGGCUCCUGUGCUUCUGCGACUGCUCGCAAAGAGUUGCGGCCAUCUUCCUGAUCUGUGUGGCAAUGGCGUUUGUUUCCGGCUACAUCCCCGGCUACAACACGAGUGCGGUCACAAUCGCUCCGGCUCAGACCGCCGCCAUCGCCGCUUUCUCCAGAUUCUGGGGUCAGAUUGCCUCUUCGGUAGCUCCGUAUCACAUCGGAGCGUCCACGAAACAGGGAACGGCCGAGGAAUGGAAGAUGGUGUUUCUGGUGAUAUCGCUGAUUUGUUUUGUGACCGGAAUCUUCUUCCAAUGCUGUGGUACAGGUAUUCAAAGUUCUCCAAAUGCUUCUCCCGAUCAUCGUUUCCCUUUUGCAGCAAGUCUUCAAGACUGGGACUCUGAUCACUCGAAGGCGCCGAUGGAGAUUGCUAGGGAAGAGCUGAUCGACAGUUCAAAGCUCGACGACUCGACGCGAGUGACGAACGUCGAAUAG